UCUGCUGUUGCCUUCCCCAAGCUGUCGGCACCUCGCUUCGGCUUGAUUCAGGAGAGACUCGCAAACGACCCAUUCCGUCUACUAGUUGCUGUCACCUUCCUCAACAAGACCCAUGGUAAGGCAGCAAGACCAAUCUUUGAGCAAGUAAUGGAGACAUAUCCUACGCCGGCUGAUUUGGCUGCGGCCAAUGUCAGCGAGCUCAGCGAGAUGAUUCACAGUCUAGGCUUCCAGAACCAGCGUGCGAGAAAAUUAAUCAAGAUCGCCGAGACUUGGGUUGGACAACCUCCACAGAAGGGAAAGCUCUUCCGCACCAUGGACUAUCCCAACAAAGGCAACGGCCGCCACCUUAAGCCCAAAGAAACUGUCGACGAAGAUGUCGAAGAUUGCAUUCAAGCCGGCGCUUUGGAAAUUGCUCACAUCUAUGGACUUGGACCCUACGCUUGGGAUUCUUGGAGAAUCUUCUGCCGUGACAAGUUCCGUGGUGUGGCUGAAGGCUACAAUGGUGAAGGUGAAGACUCGGUCUUCGAACCAGAGUGGAAGCGUGUGGUGCCGUUAGAUAAGGAGCUCCGAGCAUGUUUGCGUUGGAUGUGGUUACGUGAAGGCUGGGAGUGGGAUCCUCUGACCGGCAACAAGAAGAAGGCAGCUCCUACCCUCAUGCGCGAAGCAUCGGAUGGU